AUAUGACCCAGUGGCUUCAGCAUAGACUUCCUCUUGAAUCAUUGUUGAUAGUUUGGUACUCUCAUCCUUCGGUCCCGGCUCUUAAUCCUAUUCUUUUCUUCUGGAGGCAUAAGCCCCUUGGCCUUGCCUGAACACUAUUCUUACCUGGACUGGAAACUGCCUGUCUGCAGACGCCAUGGCAAUGGAAUAUAUCAAUUACAUCAAGGCCAAGGCCCAUCUUGUGACGGCACGCAAGUCAGAAGCACCGGUGCUAUCCGAGGAGGAUGAGAAGUUUCUGGAUCGUAUUACAUCUCAAGAAAACCCUCCUCCACUCCCAGCCCGGCCUGGCGUGCUGGCAGAAGGCAAGGAUGCCCAGAUCGCGCUUAUGGACGGGGCCCAGAACAUUCCUCUGCCUCCCGAGACUCCAAAUGAACUCACUGAAGAGCCUGCAAUGAUCCAAGAAGUCGCGAAGGGCACCUCAGAGAAUACUCCAUCCAAAACCAAGGCCACCUGGAGCUGGCUCAGACGUGACAGUCGGGACGUCAAACGCCAAAAGAACGAAGCCACUGCCGCUGGCUUGGAAGACAUCGCUGCAAGUCUUAGGAAGCGCGAAUUAGAAGACAGCGAGGAAGAAAAACAGGCCCGACAGGAAGAAGAGGACAUGACCAUCGUGCUGGAAAGACUCAACCUGGCAGCUGUCAACAAUCGAGUCUUCUCCAUCAGUGACGAAACGCAAGAACUGCUACAGAAAUUCAAUCUGAUCUUCAAAGAUCUGGUCAACGGGGUGCCGACCGCGUACGACGACUUGGAGAAGUUGCUGACGAACGGUGACCGGCAAUUACAGAAGACCUUCAAUUCACUGCCCGCCUUUUUGCAGAAGCUGAUCGAGAGACUUCCUGAGACCAUGACUAAGGGUUUCGCGCCCGAGAUGAUGGCGGCUGCGGCCGAGAGGGCUCAAAAGAGCGGGGUCAACAUGGAAAACGCAGGCAAGGCGGCUGCAGCGGCGAAGAAGAUGGGAUUCAAGACACCGUCGUUGAAAGAAUUGGUGGGCAAGCCCACCGCCAUCACAGCCGCGCUCAGGUCAAUCAUGAACUAUCUCCGGGCGCGGUUCCCGGCUUUCAUGGGUAUGAACGUGCUGUGGUCGCUGGCUUUGUUUGUGCUACUGUUUGUCUUCUGGUAUUGUCAUAAACGGGGGCGAGAGGCCAGACUGGAAAAAGAACGCCAGCUGACAGAAGAGGAGGUGCAAAAGCUGGACGUUGACUACAAGGCAGACCAUCCGGACGAAUAUCCGACGACGACUGCCGAGAAAGGGGCCUCGAUGCAGGAUGUGCAGGCUGGUAUGGAGGAGGUUCAGGCCGCAAAGAAAGCGGUCGAGGUGGCAGACCAGCCUGUGGAAGUGGAGCCCAAGGUGGUUCCUCCAACGACAGCAACGCCCUGAUGAAGCUGAUGGAUCGGGCUUGGAUCGGGCUGAUCAGGGAGAGGAUGCAUGCGUGACGACCUACCGAAUUACGACAGAUGAUGAAAGCGAUGGGAGCGUGUGGGGAACGUUUGGUAUUUUUUCUUCUCUUUCCUCUAUCCUUACUAGCACCCUGAAUUCUGACCUUCGUUUCAACUUGCCGGGCUAGCGCUUUGUGCGUUGAGGGAUGGGAGGGCUGGAUGGGCCUGGGAUGAUUCGGGAGGGGGUGUUUUUGCCUGAUGCUUGAGGGACGACAGGGACCGCCACCGCAAUGACACUCUUUGUAGCGACUUCGCAGCAAUGACUCGGACGUUGUCAGUGUGGUUAUGUAGGUAUGUAGGUCGACACCGAAUGAUGUACCUGCUUGUAAGCUCCCCACAAAUUGGGUUUUAU